AAAAAAAGACAAGAAAGAAAGAUUUGGAGGUACACGAAAUUUUGGUCCAAUUUUGCUUUCUCCUCUCCUUUCUCCUCCGUCUCCAUCGCUCGCCGCGGCAGAGUCUAGAAACCCCCCUUAAACCCUGAUGUCCCUUAACCAUCUAUCCCGCCGAAAACUACCCUCACCCCCACUCUGCCGCACGCUUCUCACGGGCCUCCUCUCAUUCUCCACCACCACCACCACCUCCUCGAAACUCCACCAACAUUACUCCUUCAAACCCCCACCUUCCCUCUCCUCGACCCCCCAAAACCCUAAUCGCAUUCCCAGCGCGAAUACGAAGAAAAAGCAGAAACCCAGGUACCGCCCACCUUCUUCGCUUGAUCGAACUGGUAUAAAGCCAAUAAAAUCCGAUUUGCCCUUCGAUUUCCGGUACAGUUACACGGAGAGCAAUCCAACGGUGAGACCCAUUGGACUACGGGAGCCCAAGUACUCGCCUUUCGGGCCGGGCCGCCUCGACCGCGAAUGGACCGGGGUGUGUGCUCCCGCAAUGGACCCCAAGGCGAGGUCCGUGGAAGGAGCGGACGACCCGAAGCUGGAGGAGAAGAGGAGGAAGAUGAGGGAGAGGGUUCAGGGAGAACCCCUUACUGGGGCUGAGAGGAGAAUUCUCGUGGAGAAGUGUCAGAGGUGCAAUACCAAGACGCAAGUCAAUCUGGGGAGGGACGGUUUAACCCACAACAUGCUGAAUGAUAUCCACAAUAGUUGGAAACAUGCUGAAGCAGUGAGGAUAAAAUGUUUAGGUGUUCCAACUGUGGACAUGAGAAAUGUGUGCACUCAGCUUGAGGACAAAACGUUUGGAAAGAUCAUCCACAGACACGGUAGUUUUCUUGUAUUAUUUAGAGGCAGAAAUUAUCAUCCCAAGAAAAGGCCUAUGAUUCCAUUGAUGCUGUGGAGACCCCAUGAGCCCGUAUAUCCCAGGCUAAUCAAGACUACAAUUGAUGGCCUAAGCAUUGAGGAAACAAAGGAAAUGAGAAAGAGAGGACUGGCUGUUCCUGCUUUAACAAAACUUGCAAAGAAUGGUUAUUAUGGUAGUCUGGUACCCAUGGUCAGAGAUGCUUUCCUCUGCAGUGAGCUGGUUCGCAUAGACUGCCAGGGUCUUGAGAGGAGUGAUUACAAGAAAAUAGGCUGCAAACUCAGGGACUUGGUGCCUUGCAUCCUGGUGACGUUUGAGAAGGAGCAGAUUGUGGUUUAGGGGAAAGACUACGAGCCUGUAGAAGAUGGAUACUUCCUUCCUGAACGAGAAAUAUUUGAUGAUCCAGUUGGCAAUUUGGUUUGUAGCGGAGAGGACAGUGACAGCUUGGAUGGCACCAGCAGCGGCCAACAGGACUGGUGAUGAUGAGUAGUUCCUUAGUCGCUGGAAAUUACGAGCUCCAAUUAAAUGUUGUUUUGUCAGAGUCAUGCUUGAGUUGUGUUCUCCAUUUAUUUGAAGAUCCGAGUACAAAGGAAAAGCCAUAGUUACUAGCAGGAUCAUACCAACUAGGGUCUUCUUAUGCAUCCAUUAGUUGUGUUGUGGAUCUUGUAAUGAGCCCUUUUCACGCUCUACUUUUUGGUGCUAUUCCUCCUCUCCCUUCCCCUCCUUUCCGGUCCCAAUUAGUAAAAGAUCGAAGGAUGAUGAUUAGGAGAGAGAGAGAGAGGCCAACUUGUAAAUGAAUCAGUUGAUCAUCU